GACACUAGAGCAAGCACACUGCACAGAUCUGUGGCAGAAAAGACAAGCCACAAAAGAGGAAAGUUCAGCAUAUAAUAAUUUUUUAUAAUUUUUUUGACAUUGUUAUAGUAAUCAGCAGUUCCUAAUUUCAUGAGUUACUUGUUUGCAGAUUUCCAUCUCUAGCCAUGCAGGUCUAGAAGUGCCACUGCGUUCACUGUUCAAAUCGUCAUUACUGAAGUCCAGGCUCCAGACGAUACUCAGAUUACCCAUUACUGGACUGAAAAGUGGAAACGACGGAUAUUUUAACUGAAGUGGAAGUUCCCGGUUCCGCGUUAAACGGUGAACCGUUUCGAGAGCAGGUUUAUGCUUGGGACUGACGAAGAAUGGAUUUCAUCAGCACCAGUCCUGCUGAAAUGGAUGUUGAGCAUCAGGAGCACCGGAAAGUUUUGGCGCAGCUGAAAAAUGAUCAGGGAGAAACCCUGGGACAUCCUUUGGACAUUCCCGUUGACAUAUCGUUUAGAGAUCUGCAAACUAUCUGUAAUCUCCUUCUUGAACAACAGGACGAACCUCUUCCUUAUUCAUUCUUCGUGAACGGAACGGAAAUCCAGAAAAAUUUAUCCGAUGCGAUCGAUUUCAGUGUGACAAAUACGGAAAAAUGCUUGGAAAUUGUGUACCAGCCACAAGCAGUUUUCCGAGUCCGUGCAGUUACACGCUGCAGCAGCACCAUCGAAGGCCAUGCCGAAGCGAUAAUAGCCGCUCAGUUCAGUCCGGAUGGCCGAUACCUUGCCAGCGGUUCCGGCGACACAACUGUAAGGUUUUGGGAUGUUACUACCGAAACGCCACAGUACACCUGCAAAGGUCACAAAAAUUGGAUUCUUGCCAUAGCCUGGUCGCCGGAUGGCAGAAAAUUGGCAUCUGGUUGUAAAGAUGGCAGAGUUUGCAUCUGGGAUCCCUCUAACGGCAAACAGUUAGGAAAGACUCUCUCCGGCCAUCAGCAAUGGAUAACAUGGCUAUGUUGGGAACCUCUGCAUUCCAACGGACACUGCCGAUUACUGGCCAGCUCGUCCAAGGACGCAACGAUCAGGAUAUGGGAUACGAGUAUGCAACAAGUCCUACGGAUCCUUUCCGGCCACACGCAGAGCGUCACAUGCCUACGAUGGGGUGGCGUGGGCCUAUUAUAUUCCUGCUCACAGGAUCGCACGUUGAAAAUCUGGAGAGCGUCCGAUGGUAUCCUGGUUCGAACUUUAACGGGUCAUGGACACUGGAUUAAUUCAAUGGCAUUGAAUACCGAUUAUGUUAUGCGUACGGGUGCGUUUGAUCCUCGAGAUGCUGAUGUGGUGCAUUCACUGGACACCGACUCCGCUGAAGAUUUACAAAAGAAAGCUGUGAAAAGAUAUGACGAUUUUCGGAGGUCGGUUGUCGCGGAACGCCUUGUGUCUGGUUCGGAUGAUUUUACUAUGUUUUUGUGGAAUAUUGAAACAGACAAGAAACCCUUAGCUCGUUUGACUGGUCAUCAAGGAACGAUUAAUCAAGUGUGCUUUUCGCCAAAUGGCUACUUAAUCGCCAGUGGUUCCUUUGAUCAUAGCGUAAAGCUGUGGAACGGCUUUACUGGCAAGUUUAUUACAUCAUUUCGUGGACAUGUACAAAGGGUGUACCAAAUCGCAUGGUCGGCUGACAGUCGACUAUUAGUCAGCGGUAGCCAAGAUUCCACGUUAAAGCUUUGGGAAGUGAGUACGAAAAAACUCACAGUGGAUUUGCCGGGACAUGCGGAUGAUGUCUAUGCAGUGGACUGGAGCCCCGACGGGCAGCGCGUUGUCAGUGGUGGAAAAGACAAAGUGCUGAAAAUAUGGAGGAAAUGAAUAAUUAAUGUUCAAAUUUCGGGAUGGAGCUCUAGAAAACUGACGUGGCCUGGGAAAGAAGUAUGCCUUGUCCUUUUUUGAAUGUAUAAGUUUUUUGAGUGAUUGGAACGGCAUACACGUACCACGAAGGCUUUAUUGCGAUUUUGCAAGGAAAGCGAACUGGUUAUAACAAUAAAAACUACUCGUAUU